UGGGGAGGAGAAAGGGGUGGAGCCAACAGUCUAAAGAUUGAGCUUGUAGGAGAGACGCCAGGCCUGGCCUACAGAGCUGCCCCAGGACAGAAGUGAGACAAGGUUCUUGGCCCCUCCUAGUGCUCAGAACAGAGACUCCUCAGACACCAGGCAGAUCCAGGAUGGGGAGCCCAGUGCACCGAGUAUCACUGGGGGACACCUGGAGCAGGCAGGUGCACCCUGACAUAGACAGCGAAAGGCGCACACCAUCCUUCAGCGUGGAUCGGCUCACCAACAUCCUUGACGGAGGCGUCCAAAACACUAUGCUGAGGAGGAAAGUUGAGGGCAUCCUCCAAGGUGACCCGGUGUUCAACUUGAAGGACCAUUACUUCAUGACCCAAGACCAGCUCUAUGAGGCUGCAGUUCAAAAGGCAUUCCACCUUGAGAUGCUAGCCCAGCGUCUGGGCUGGUCAGAAGACGGUCCUGAACGCACUUAUGCUAAGAGAGCACUUGCUGGAUAUGCCAACUUAAACUUGCAUGGUGUUGCCAUGAACGCUCUCAGAAGUCUGGGUUCAGAUGAGCAGAUUGCUAAAUGGGGCCAACUCGGCAGAAACUUCCAAAUCAUCGCAACAUAUGCCCAGACAGAGCUGGGACAUGGGUCAUACCUGAAGGGCCUGGAGACUGAAGCCACCUAUGAUGCAGCCACCCAGGAGUUUGUGAUACACAGCCCUACAAUGACUGCCACCAAGUGGUGGCCUGGAGAACUGGGACGAUCAGUCACCCAUGCUAUAGUCUUUGCCCAGUUGAUCUGCUCAGGAGCCCAGCAUGGCAUGCAUGCCUUCAUGGUGCCCAUCCGGAGCCUGCAGGAUCACACCCCACUGCCAGGAAUCACAGUUGGGGACAUAGGGCCCAAGAUGGGCUUGGAAUACGUAGACAAUGGCUUCCUGAGACUGAACCACGUGAGGGUUCCCAGAGAGAACAUGCUGAGUCGCUUUGCAGAGGUCUUGCCAGAUGGUACCUACCGGAGGCUCGGGACACCACAGAGCAAUUAUCUAGCCAUGCUGGUGACACGGGUGUGGCUGCUGUUAAGAGGAAUCCUACCCUCCCUCCAGAAGUCGUGUGUCAUUGCUGUGCGCUACUCGGUCAUACGCCACCAGUCCCCUCUUCGGCCUAGUGACCCAGAGGCAAAAAUCCUGGACUACCAGACACAGCAGCAGAAGCUCUUCCCCCAGCUUGCCAUGAGUUACGCCUUUCAUUUCGUGGCCACCAGCCUCUUGGAAUUCUUCGACGGCGCCUACAGUGCCAUUCUGAAAAGAGACUUCAGCCUCCUGCCUGAGCUCCAUGCACUGAGCACUGGCAUGAAGGCCAUGAUUGCGGACUUCUGUACCCAGGGGGCAGAGAUAUGUCGCAGGGCCUGCGGUGGUCAUGGCUACUCGAAGCUGAGCGGUCUGCCAAAACUGGUCACUGAAGUGACAGCUUCUUGCACCUAUGAGGGCGAGAACACAGUGCUCUACCUGCAAGUGGCCAGGUUUCUGAUGAAGAGCUACCUGCAGGUGUCCGCAGGCCCCCCACAGAAGCCUCUCCCUCUGUCUGUUAUGUAUCUUGCCAAACCAGGGCCAGCCAGGUGUGCAGCCCGGACAGCAGCUGACUUCCUUUGCCCAGAUCUCUACACCACAGCCUGGGCACAUGUAUCUACCAGGCUCAUAAAGGAUGCGGCACACCAAACACAGACCCUCAUGAGGUCUGGGGUUGACCAGCAUGUUGCCUGGAACCAGACCGCUGCUGUCCACCUCCAGGCUGCCAAGGCCCACUGCUACUACAUCACUGUGAGGAAUUUUAAGGAAGCCGUGGAGAAACUAGACAACGAACCAGAGAUUCAGCGGGUGCUCCAACGCCUCUGUGACCUCUAUGCCUUACAUGGUAUUCUGACUAACUCAGGUGACUUUCUUCAUGACGGCUUCCUGUCUGGGGCCCAGGUGGACAUGGCUAGAACAGCCUUCCUCGACCUGCUUCCCUUGAUCCGGAAGGAUGCAAUCUUGUUGACUGAUGCUUUUGACUUCACGGAUAACUGUUUAAAUUCGGCACUCGGCUGUUAUGAUGGACAUGUCUACGAACGUCUGUUUGAGUGGGCUCAGAAGGCACCAGCCAAUAAUCAGAAAAACCCUGCCUAUGAGAAAUACAUCCGACCACUGCUACAAAGCUGGAGACCCAAGCUGUGAAGUGCCAACAGAACUCAGGACCAAGAAGCAUCAUGGCGGCACAGCAUAUACAGACAAGAAUUAAAGUCAAAGCAAAGGGUGGAGUAACUAGUUCUUCAAAUUGCUUAGUAAGUUGGUACGUGAAUGAAAUGUUUGAAGUUUCCUUCGUCCGUUUAUAGCACAUAUUUGGUUAAAUGCUGGAACUUUGCUUUAAGUGUAGCAAAAGCCAAUAAACGCAUAGCUACUA